AUGGCUUCCAAAGCUGCUCGGAUAGGAGAAGAAGUCUGGAAGAGUCGGGUAGACAAAGUCAACGCCGAGUUGGUAACCCUCACAUAUGGCACGAUCGUAGCACAAUUAUGCAAAGACUACGAAAGCGAUUACGUCGAAGUCAACAAGCAGCUGGAUAAGAUGGGCUACAACAUCGGCUUACGGCUCAUUGAGGAUUACCUCGCGAAGUCCAAUACCAUGAGGCGAUGCUCGAAUUUUAGGGAAACGGCAGAAAUGAUUGCGAAAGUUGGAUUCAAGAUCUUCCUCAAUAUCACCCCAAGCGUCACAAACUGGACAAGCGACAGCAAGCAAUUCUCCUUAAUAUUUGAAGAAAACCCCCUAGCCGACUUUGUGGAACUGCCAGACGACGGACGGGCACAGGACGAGCUAUGGUAUUCGAACAUCUUCUGCGGGGUCCUGAGGGGUGCAUUGGAGAUGGUGCAGAUGCAGGUCGAGGCCCAUUUUAUCACCGACGUAUUGAGGGGGAACGAUUCGACAGAGAUGAGGAUAUCUCUAAUACGGUACAUUGAUGAUGAGAUGCCGGCGGACGAUGAAUAG